AUGUCACCUCGCGCUGAUAUCAACAAUGAAAACCUCGCAAGUUUGGGCGUCUUUCUGGGUGUAGAGAUGACCGCUAGCCCGAGGUUAUCUGUGGAGGAUCAUUUCCAGCGUCGUGGUGAGAGAUCAGAUUCUGGAUGGCCAUUGGGAAAUUGGUCAAUGGCGUCCAAAGAACUCCCACAGAUUCCACCGCAGGAUGAGCCGCCUUCGUAUGACGAGUUCUUGUCUACCAGUUUACGCCGCAAAUUCAACAUCCAGCCAAGAGAGGAUGAAGGCCAAGAAAUCUUACCGCCAUAUUCAUGUGCUCUUUGUCUAGAAAAUGUGUUCCUGAGGAAGACUGAAUUACACGGUGCGAUUCAUAGAGCUCACGAUAGAAAUUGGUAUCGAGAGGUCGUCAGCUUGCAAGGAACUGCUUUGACAUUUUCCAAAUACAAAGGCGGGAACGUAUUCAAGGAUGGAAAGAAUGACAUUCCUGUUGGAAACAAGAAAGGCGGUCUCUUGAGGAGCUACAACUUACAGCACGCCGAGGUUGGCGUUGCUGCCGAUUACCUCAAGAAGCGAUUCGUUAUUCGUAUCCGUGCCGAAGCAGAUCAGUUCUUAAUCGCCUGCAACACCAUAGAGACAUUCGUCCUAUGGCUUCAAUCUCUGUUUGCAGCAAUCGACCUUGCCGCCCCACUUGAUGAUCGAGAUCUUCCUCGAGAUCUUUCCAUUCCACGUCCUCGUCGUCGUCGAGCAGAUCGAGCAGCGGAUCGUACUGUCAAUGAACUUCGUGAGCAGCAAGAACUUAUCGCCAGAGACUAUCCAAACUUAGCUACAGCAUCGACGAGUAGCAGCAGUCUGGUAAGUGAUUUGGAUGACACAGAGAGUGUCGAUGUUCAAUUGGUCACUCCUGCUUUACUUAAUAUUCGACCACCUUCUCCGGCCCCAUCCGAGCCAAGGGUUCGACCGAGUCUCCUUAGUGUUGCGUCAAGAUCAAGAUUAUUUCAACAACACGGACCAGCGGUACCAUACAAUUCCACAUCCAACUCCAGGGCCAACUCCAGAUCGAACUCGGGCAAUAGCUCAUUCUCAAGGUCGGCCAAUCCAUCCCUUACUGAAUCUGGAAAAUGGAGACCUCAACAUCAAUGGACGCCGUUUUACGAUAUGUUGUACGCCAAGAGAUGCAUGGCCAUCCUGACAAGUCGAAGCCCGAGGAAGAGUAAUCUUGUAAUUAUUAAAGGGAAACGGUGGGUUGUCGAUUGGAGUACUGGGCGACUCAAAGCGUGGAGACCAGGCAUGGAAGAUGGACUUCCGGAUUAUGAUGAGAACGAUUGGACUGAAGAGGAAUGGAUGAUUGGGCAACUUGGAGAAUUGAUACCCAUAUGA